AUGUACUCUUUACUCAGCAUCAGUAAUUUAAAGACCCCUCGAAUUUAUUUCAUUACGUUAACAAUCAUAAUUAUUAUUUACGCUGUACGUGGACAAAACAAUCCACUUAGAUGGAAGAAUUUAGAAGAAGACAUCGAAUAUAUACCUGUCAAUAAAAUACCAAUUGAUUCUCUGGUUGACAGAGAUUAUCAUUAUAAUGGAUACCGAAGAAUUAGGCCACGAGCAGCUGAACUUGUCCCACCAGAAAGGCCUCUAAUGUUUGAAACUCCUGAAGCGCUAAGAACAUAUCUACACAAACUGAAUGAGUAUUUUGCAAUCAUCGGUCGUCCAAGGUAUUCGGGAAACUAUACUGGCUUGAAUAACAGUACUAAUAGAGUUGUAGAAAACAAAGUCGAUAAGUUACAAUUCAAUUGCUAUACAUUCAGUAGAUGUAGACCUGAAAUACUCAAAACUGGUUCUUGGUUUGUUUGUUAA